AGAGAAAAGAAAAGGAUGAAAAGAAUGUUUCGUCCUUUAGCUUUGCAUUAUUCGGAGAGAGAGAUGUUGUUAUCUGUGGGUAUUUGUGGUGUUCUGUUGUGCUACCUUUUCCCUUCUCUUAUUUCCAACCUCAAACUACAAUCCAACACACCACACGUUCUCUUCUGCAACCUAUGAAAAUAUCUUCCUCCAUUACCAUUUUCACUCAUCAUGCUCAACUAACUUCUCCUCUCUUUUCUCUUUCCUCACAUCAACUAUUUCCAAUCCCAAAUGGAUCAACAACAAUACCCAAUACCUCGCCCUAACAAACCCUCCAUUGCAGACGACGAGAUCAUGGAGCUCUUAUGGCAAAACGGCCAAGUCGUCACACAGACUCAAAACCACCGUUAUCUCAGAAAACCACCGCCAGGGACCGAUUCCACUCGCGGCGGAACUUUAUCGGCGAAGGAGGAAAACUAUAAUCAACAUCUAUUCAUGCAAGAAGGUGAAAUGGCUUCGUGGCUUCACUAUCCAAUCAACGAUGAUGACGAUUCUCCCUUCGAUCAAACCUUCUCUGCCGAUUUCCUCAACCCGCCGCCGACGGUUAACAACAACCGUAUCAUGCAAAAUCCUCACCACACGUCUCAACUGACGGAGCUCCGGCAGACUCCAAUGUCGGCGGUUCCUCCUCGUCCUCCGAUUCCGCCGCCGAGGAAGCUCGAUCAAGUGCCGCAGAACUUUGCGUACUUUGCGAGGCACAGUGUUAGGACAGAGCCAGGACCGUCUUCGAUUUCGAGAACUGCUGUGAAUGAAUCAACGGGGGUAGAUUCGUGCGACACGCCUGCUGUGCAACCGGUUUCGGAAACAGUUAGAAGUUCGGCGGAGCUAACGGAAGGAGGAACCGGUUUGGAGGCGCCUUCUAUGACGUGUGAUGAACCGGGCGGUUCGAGUAGUAGUGGAGAAGCGGUUCGGAAGGUAGCGGAGCAGGAGCGAAAGAGGAAGGGAAGGGAAGCGGAGGAAUGGGAGGAUCAAAGCGAGGAUGUUGAUUUUGAAUCUGCGGAAGCCAAAAGAAAUAUCUGUGGAUCAUCAUCAUCUGUAAAGAGAUCUCGUGCUGCUGAGGUCCAUAAUCUCUCCGAGAGGAGGCGUCGUGAUCGGAUUAAUGAAAAGAUGAAAGCUCUUCAAGAACUGAUACCUCGAUGUAAUAAGUCUGACAAAGCUUCUAUGCUGGAUGAAGCAAUUGAAUACUUGAAGUCACUGCAGUUACAAGUGCAGAGAGUACAACUUAUGCAGAUGAUGUCCAUGGGAUGUGGCAUGGUACCUAUGAUGUUUCGUGGAAUUCAGCAGUAUAUGCCAACAAUUGGAAUGGGAAUGGGGAUGAGUAUGGAAAUGGGAAUGAACAGACCGGUAAUGCCAUUUCCCAAUAUGUUAACCGGUCUGGCUUUGCCUGCAGCUGCUGCUGCUCAUUUGGGACCAAGGUUUCCUAUGCCUCCUUUCCACGUGCCGCAAGUUCCUACACCUGAUUCAUCUAGAACACAAGCAGCUAAUCAGUCAGAUGUUAAUGUGCUCACCUCAGUUGGAACACCUGAUCCAAAUCAUUCAUGCAUUCCAAACUUCACCGAUCCUUAUCAACAAUACCUUGGUCCCCACCAGAUGCAGUUUCAAUUAAUGCAGAAUCAGGCAAUAAACCAACCAAACAAUAACAAGCCAGGUAUCAGUAGGCCCCCUGAGAAUCCUGAAACGCGCCAGUCAGAACCAAUUUAUCUUCAAUUCAAAUUUGUAUCAAAUAUGUGGCUGCUUUUGAGUAUCUCAAUUUUUUUCUUGAUGAUGGAUGUUCAGGAGAUAAAUGAUGAUUUGAUAGUUACAAUAAAGGGCUGAUUAUUCAAGUGGUGCUUCUUAUUAUUGUAUAGCUGUUACCACUAGCUCUCAACAUGGUAGUAUAUUAUUGUUAUAUUUUCUGCCACCACCCAUACUACAGCAUGCCAAGUUUUGUAGUGUAACGGAACGAACAUUUUAGCAGUUCUCAGUUGCAAGCUAAUCUAUACACAGCUAACAUGUAAAUUAUUGUCACUUAGUUUUCUCUCUUUUUUGUCUUCCUCUUUAUCCUGUCUUAAAUUUUCACAGUUACUUCAUGUGUAUGUAAUGCUUUAAAGAAAUCCUGAGAAGUGUGAUCCUACACAGUUACUUCAUGUCAAAAGAAAAAAAAAAAAAAAUAUUUUACCUUUAUAUAUUAAACACGGUGGAAAUUAUUCCAAAUGAUUUUGUGGCA